UUGCGCAUCUCUCCCAUCACUUGUUUCAAAACCACAACAAGAAUCACGCAGGGAAUUAACAAACUUCAAUUUUUCUUCCAUAAUGGAGUCUUUAGGAGCAGGAAGAAUGUCUUCGUCGCAACGAGAAGAUCUUAUGGACCAAGUUAAACAACAAAUAGUUAUUGCCAACACACAAGAACUACUGACGAAAAUGGGAGAGAAGUGCUUCACCAAAUGUAUUCCAAAACCUGGAUCCUCCUUAGAUAGCUCAGAACAGAAAUGUUUAGCGAUGUGUAUGGAUCGUUAUAUGGACUCUUGGAAUCUUGUAUCAAGAACAUACACCACUCGUCUACAGAGAGAGAAGAAUUUCCAAUAAGGAACAAUUUUAGUUUUUGUUUCUGUUUUUAUAGAUAAAGAGCAACUUUUAACAGUGUUGGCAGAAUGUACAUUUCACCCUCAGAAGGACAUAUUGGGAAUAUAGGAAGACUUGAAUCUGUUAACCUUGGGAAUAAUUAAAGAAUGUAUGAGAGUCCAGUCCUUCUUUGUAAUUUGUUAAUUUUGGAAAACUUGCGUGUUCCAUGCAUUAUAUCAUCUGUUUGAUUCUUGAGAAGUUAUAACUUCUUUGUUAUAAAAAAUACAUUAGUCAUUAAGGUAUUUUUUGUAUAUAUAUAUAAAGCCCCUGCUGCUAGGAAAAUAUUAACAAAGUUUCAGAUAUAUCUAUGAUUGAUUGUUUAUACAAUAAAUAC